GAAAUUGAAAGAAAUAAUUCAAGUAAAAUAGAAAGUGAUUUAUUUUAUAAUCAAUAUUUAAAUAAAAGAAAACCUGUAGUUUUUAACAAAUUGGCAAAAGAUGGGAAUUGGGAUGCUUUAAAAAAAUGGACACCUGAAUAUUUAUGCAGUAUAAUAGGAAAUGAAGAGGUAGAUGUAAAUAAAUGUUCAUUCAUUGGGUAUAAUAAAGAUUUGAUAAAAAUGAAAUUCAAUGAAUAUUUUUUAUUAAAUGAAAAAUUAAAAAAUAAUAACUCAAAAGGUAAAUUAAUUCAAAACAAAAAAAAAGAUAUUCCCUAUUUAAGAAAUUAUGAAAUGUAUGAUUUUAAAGAUGAAAAAAUAAAUCAAGAUUUUUUUAAUGAUACCAAGGGUGAAUUGCUAUUUAAUAAAGAAAUUCAUGAUACAGUUAUUAAAAGAACAUUCAUCGGUAUAAAAAAUUCAAUAACCCAACUUCACAUAGAUACUGCAGAUAAUUUGGUUACAGUUAUAAAUGGUUCAAAAUACAUUAUUAUGAUUUCACCAUCGGAAGAAUCUUUAUUAAACUAUGAAAAAUUAAAAACUAUUGAAAUAUCGUUUAACAAUGAAAAUGAUGGGGUUCCCGUGGAAAACCAUCCGGGGUUUGAAAGUGUAAAUAAUAUUUAUUAUACAAUUUUAAAUUCGGGUGAAUCAUUAUUUAUUCCUAACGGAUGGUUACAUUAUGUUCAAAAUAUAGACUUUACAAUAAGCACAAGCUGUUGGGGUAAAAAAUUA